AUGGCUGACCAAACCCAGCAGACGGGCUGCUACGUCCCGGACCCGAAGUACACCUUCCUCUUCGCGCCCCCUUCCCAACCGGCCAUCAUCUGUGCAAUCUGCACCGAGUCCGUGCUAACACUCCCAAGCAGCAGCAGCAGCAGCAGCAGCAGCAGCAGCAGCAGCAGCAGCAGCAGCAGCAGCAGCCAGAACCCGUCGACGGCCAUCCGCGUCAUCGAAGACAGCGACCCGACGAUGCUCCCGUGCGGCCACGUCUUCGGCACGCUCUGCCUGCUGGAGUGGCUGCGCGACCACGACACGUGCCCGGCCUGCCGCUUCACGCUGCGCUACGAGCUGUGCGGGCACGCGAUGGCGCCGCGGCGGCUGACGCGCGAGAACGUCCUGUUCGUGACGCCCUUGUCGCGAUCUGCUGCAGCAGCAGCAGGAGGAGGAGGAGGAGGAGGCAAUGGUGAUGGGAACGGGAACGGGAAAGCGGCGGCGGGGGGGCUAUUAGUGCCGCCGCAAUGCGUGCCGUGCCGGCGCGAGACGAACCUCACCGUCGCGAGGGAGCUGUUGAUGCCGCUGGCGCAGAAAUACUACCAGCUGAAGGAGGAAGGGGAGAAGAGUGUCCAGCUGGAGCUGCUGGAGGCGGCGAUGGAUGAAGUGCUGGAUGGGCUCGUCCCGAAGGAGGAGGGGACGUGGUGA